UCCCUGGGAGCCUGGACCCGAUGCUGUCGCUGGCCAAACCUGUGGCUCCCUGGAGGAUUACUUACACAGAAUGGGUUGUGGUCUGCCUUUCUCACCUGUUUUCAGGUUGUUACCCUUUCUUGAGGACUGAGCAAAACACAGACCAUAUGUUGGGGUUUUAAGGAGUGUUUCUUUGGAGUCUACGGUUUUUAUUCUAUGAUUAGUUUGAAAUCUGGGCAUUGUGGAUGUCACUGUUCUGAUUCGUGGGGAUGGCAGACAGAGCGAAGAGGACGUCUGCAGGGAGGCAUCGCUCUUUCUCCGGUGCCUCUCGGAGGGACUCCGUGAAGGUGCUGAGGUUAUCGAGGUCACUGAACCUCAGAAAGGCUGCUUCUAAAGUCAGCAGAAGGCAGCUGGUAGCUGUGUUUGAUGAGCAAGACCCACAUCAUGGAGGGGAUGGUACCAGCGCCAGCUCCACGGGAACCCAGAGUCCUGAGAUAUUUGGCAGUGAGCUUGGUACCAACAAUGUGUCCGCCUUCCAGCCUUAUCAAGCAACAAGUGAAAUUGAGGUCACACCUUCAGUCCUUCGAGCCAACAUGCCUCUUCACGUCCGACGAAGCAGUGACCCAGCGUUAAUUGGCCUCCCAACCUCUGUCAGUGACAGUGACUUCUCUGAAGAGCCGUCCAGGAAAAACCCCACUCGCUGGUCCACCACAGCUGGCUUCCUCAAGCAGAAUGCUGCUGGGAGUCCCCAAACCUGCGACCGGAAGAAAGAUGAAAACUACAGGAGCCUGCCGAGGGACACUAGUAACUGGUCCACCCAGUUUCAGCGCGACAAUGCCCGCACCUCUCUGAGUGCCAGUCACCCCAUGGUGGACAAGUGGCUGGAGAAACAAGAACAGGAGGAGGAUGGGUCGGCAGAAGACAGCAGCCGAGUGGAGCCAGUGGGCCAUGCAGACACUGGUUUGGAGAGUGUAACCAGCUUUUCUCUGGAUGAUAUGGUAAAGCUCGUACAAGUCUCCAACGAUGGAGGGCCUCUGGGAAUCCAUGUAGUGCCUUUCAGUGCGCGAGGCGGCAGGACCCUGGGGUUAUUAGUAAAACGCUUGGAGAAGGGUGGUAAAGCUGAGCAAGAAAACCUUUUUCAUGAGAAUGACUGCAUUGUAAGGAUUAAUGAUCACGACCUCCGGAACAGAAGAUUUGAACAAGCACAACAUAUGUUUCGCCAAGCCAUGCGUACACCCACCAUUUGGUUCCAUGUGGUUCCGGCGGCAAAUAAGGAGCAGUAUGAACAACUAUCCCAAAGUGAGAAGAGCAACUACUAUUCGAGCCGCUUCAGCCCCGACAGCCAGUAUUUGGACAACAGGAGUGUGACCAGUGCCGGGCCUCACGCGCUGCCCCGAGCGUCCAGACUGAACCCCCCGCCCGAGCAGGUGGAUGCUCACCCGAGACUACCUCACAGCGCGCACCCCUCGGCAAAGCCACCCGCAGCCCCGGCCCCGGCCCCACACGGUGUGUUUAGCCCGAGUGCAAGCAGUGGUUAUAACACCAAAAAAGUGGGCAAGAGGCUCAAUAUCCAGCUUAAGAAAGGUACGGAAGGCUUGGGGUUCAGCAUCACUUCCCGAGAUGUGACAAUUGGUGGCUCAGCUCCGAUUUAUGUGAAGAACAUUCUCCCCCGAGGGGCGGCCAUCCAGGACGGCCGGCUGAAGGCCGGAGACAGGCUAAUAGAGGUGAACGGAGUGGACUUGGCAGGCAAAUCCCAGGAGGAAGUGGUCUCCCUGCUGAGAAGCACCAAGAUGGAGGGGACUGUGAGCCUUCUGGUCUUUCGCCAGGAAGAUGCCGCCUUUCACCCGAGGGAACUGAAUGCAGAGCCAAGCCAGAUGCAGAUUCCAAAAGAAACGAAAGCCGAAGAGGAGGAUAUUGUUCUCACCCCCGAUGGCACCAGGGAGUUUCUGACAUUUGAAGUUCCGCUUAAUGACUCAGGGUCUGCUGGUCUGGGUGUCAGUGUCAAAGGUAACCGGUCCAAAGAGAACCACGCAGAUUUGGGAAUCUUCGUCAAGUCGAUUAUUAACGGAGGAGCAGCAUCUAAAGAUGGGAGGCUGCGGGUGAAUGAUCAGCUGAUAGCAGUAAAUGGAGAAUCUCUGUUGGGCAAGACAAACCAAGAUGCCAUGGAAACCCUAAGGAGAUCGAUGUCCACCGAAGGAAAUAAACGAGGAAUGAUCCAGCUCAUCGUGGCGAGGAGAAUAAGCAAGUGCCAUGAGCUGAGGUCACCUGGGAGCCCCCCUGGACCUGAGCUGCCCAUCGAAACCGUGCUGGAUGACAGAGAGCGAAGAAUUUCCCAUUCCCUCUACAGCGGCCUCGAGGGCCUCGAUGAAUCGCCCACCAGAAACGCGGCGCUCAGUAGGAUAAUGGGUGAGUCAGGUAAAUACCAGCUGUCCCCCACCGUGAAUAUGCCCCAUGAUGACACUGUCAUUAUAGAGGAUGACAGAUUACCUGUGCUUCCUCCUCAUCUCUCUGACCAGUCCUCUUCCAGCUCCCAUGACGAUGUGGGAUUCGUGACUGCAGAUGCCGCUGCGUGGGCUAAGGCUGCAAUCAGCGAUUCAGCCGACUGCUCUUUGAGUCCAGAUGUGGAUCCAGUUCUAGCAUUUCAGCGGGAAGGAUUUGGACGCCAGAGUAUGUCAGAAAAACGCACAAAGCAGUUUUCAGAUGCCACUCAAUUGGAUUUCGUUAAAACACGAAAAUCAAAAAGCAUGGAUUUAGGUAUAGCUGACGAGACUAAACUCAAUACAGUGGAUGACCAGAAGACAGGUUCCCCCAGCAGAGAUGUGGGACCUUCCCUGGGUCUCAAGAAGUCAAGCUCCUUAGAGAGUCUGCAGACAGCAGUUGCAGAGGUGACCCUGAAUGGGGACAUUCCCUUCCAUCGCCCACGGCCAAGGAUCAUCAGAGGGAGAGGCUGCAAUGAGAGCUUCCGAGCUGCCAUCGACAAGUCCUAUGAUAAGCCUGUGGUAGAUGAUGAUGAUGAAGGCAUGGAGACUUUGGAAGAAGACACAGAGGAAAGUUCAAGGUCAGGGAGAGAAUCUGUCUCCACAGCCAGUGACCAGCCAUCCCACUCUCUGGAGAGACACAUGAACGGGAACCAAGAAAAAGGGGACAAGACUGACCGGAGGAAGGACAAAACUGGCAAGGAGAAGAAGAAAGACAGAGAGAAGGACAAGGAUAAGAUGAAAGCCAAGAAGGGGAUGCUGAAGGGUUUGGGAGACAUGUUCAGGUUUGGCAAACAUCGAAAAGAUGACAAGAUUGAGAAAACGGGUAAAAUAAAAAUGCAGGAACCCUUUACGUCAGAAGAGGAGAGGAAGCGAAUGAAGCAGGAGCAGGAGAGGAUCCAAGCCAAAACUCGAGAAUUUAGGGAGCGACAAGCUCGGGAGCGUGACUAUGCUGAAAUCCAAGAUUUUCAUCGGACAUUUGGCUGUGAGGAGGAGCUGAUGUAUGGGGGAAUGUCAUCCUAUGAGGGGUCCCUGGCUCUCAACACCCGGCCGCAGAGUCCCCGGGAAGGGCACAUGAUGGAUGCAUUGUAUGCGCAAGUGAAGAAGCCUCGGAAUUCCAAAGCUUCACCUGUAGACAGCAACAGAUCAACUCCUAGCAACCACGAUCGGAUACAGCGUCUGCGGCAAGAAUUUCAGCAAGCAAAGCAGGAUGAAGAUGUUGAAGAUCGGAGACGUACCUAUAGCUUUGAGCAACCCUGGCCCGGUUCACGGCCAGCAGCGCAGAGUGGCAGGCACUCAGUAUCUGUGGAGGUGCAGGUCCAGAGGCAGCGGCAGGAGGAACGCGAGAGCUUCCAGCAGGCGCAACGCCAGUACAGCUCCCUGCCUCGGCAGAGCAGGAAGAAUGCCAGCUCAGUGUCCCAGGACUCCUGGGAGCAGAACUACCCCCCUGGCGAGGGCUUCCAGAGUGCCAAGGAGAAUCCCCGGUACUCCAGCUACCAGGGCUCCAGAAACGGCUACCUGGGUGGGCACGGCUUCAAUGCCAGGGUCAUGCUGGAGACCCAGGAGCUCCUGCGCCAGGAGCAGCGGCGGAAAGAACAACAGAUGAAGAAGCAGCCCCCACCUGAGGGCCCCAGCGCCUAUGACUCAUAUAAGAAAGUCCAGGAUCCCGGCUGCCCCCCGCCCAAGGGGCCCUUCCGGCAGGACGUGCCCCCGUCCCCGUCUCAGGUGGCCAGACUGAACAGACUGCAGACUCCUGAGAAGGGGCGGCCCUUCUACUCCUGAGCACGAACAGUGCCGCCUCACGGCAUGCAAUAAAGGACACUUUCCUACGAAGACUUGUAUUUUGGGAGUUGUUUUUUUAAAGAAAAAAAAACCUUGAUGGUACUAUGGAAUAUUUCUGUUGUUGGUAUCAGUGCCUUUACGCAAUGUGAGCAAAGAAGUAGAAGGCCUUAAUGUCUUUGCCACUGCAUCUCAAGUGUCUAGUUCAUGGAAGGAUCUCCACCCUGACAAUCAUCCCUCUGAGGCGUUUGUACACUCUGCAUCUCUGGAGCCCCGGGGUCCUGGCCCCGGCACAGAAUGGCUAUGGCUUUGCUCCCGCAGCCCACUGAACUUGGGGUGGUGCGUUAACUUGAAGCUGAGGUGUCCUUGAUCCCUUUUUGCCAUCCGCCAUCUCUUAGCUCUGGGCAACAUCUCGGUCUCUGGUGGGUGAAAGUGGGCAACAUGCUCCAGAACUCGGGACUUCCUGGGACUUCCCAGCACAGUCUUUUAUUUGUAGUCGGAUGAAUUUCUCUUUUCUUUCUCAGCCCCUUGUAACAGGAAUGCUCCGUCAUUCUAUGAAAGACACUAAGCCAUAUUCCAACACUGUUUGGUUAUUGUGGUCUUUUUGUAACUGCCUUAUACCUUUACCAAUAAAGUGAUGAUUCAAGUCUGUGUUUAUAAAUACACUUGUUUGGUCACUUUCCUGACAUAUGUUGAGUGAGCAGAGAUCUGCGUAGGGAAUGGGGACACGGGAGUGACCUGGGUGGGGGACCGGGCCUGCCACUGGGUCCUGCGUGCGCCCUCGGGAAAGAAGGAGCUGAGAAAGGAACGCUCCCCGGUGGAGCUGCGGACCUGUGCACUCCAAGUAUUAUUUUAAUUCCUUUUUGUUGUGGCCAGAAGGGCAGGGAAUGAGAGACACAUAAAUCAGCCACGUGUGGACUGUAAAAACUGACCUCUCUACAGGUUUUGAGGUUGGUCGGAAUUGAUAUCAUCUAGCACUUCCACACCCUGUAUCCCUGCCUGAUGAUUCGGUGUUGCUAAAUAAUUCUGCUGCAAAACAUAAAAAAGACAAAGAAGGGAAGAGCCAUUUCAUAUCACACAGAGAAUGUUUUGGUGUUCCGAAGCAGUGAUGACAAAAGCUCGCCGUGGGGUCAAUAUUUUAAUGCACGUGCGGGUCGCCAGGCCCCUGGUUGCCCCCUUUCCCAUCUGGUGGUCUGAAUGUCCUGCAUUGUAAACCAUGGCUGGGUUGCUAAAGUGCCUGUGAAUCCUGAUGUGAAACAAAAGCUUGAGAUAAAAGCUCAGAGUACCAUGUAUUAACAAAAAAAGAAAAAAGAUAUGUAUUGUGUUGAUAUGCCUAUUUUUUUUUCUACUGGCACAUUGUAUUUUUGUGUCCACUUUUUUUAGAAAAUAUGUGAAGUGUCCACAUGUACCUGUGUCUCCUUUGCAUUUCUGUGUACUGGUUCUGUUUGUUAAUAGUGUGCAGCGAUGUUAAACGGUGUCACCAAAGUGGGAGCGGCGACCUUGGAUGCUAGCGGCUCUUUCUCACAGUCCCCGAAGCUGUGGGAAACAGCUUUCCUUGUACAUAUGAGACUUCUAAUAAAAGGUGUAUUUCUCCUGGUC